AUGCCACAACCGCCACCGCAGAGCAUAGCUAAUUUUCGCGAUGUGGGUGAAUUCGUGAACGAUCACACUGAGGAGAAAGCCCUCUAUCCAGGAUUGCUCUUCCGCUCAGCACGUCCAGAUGAUGCCUCCUUCCAGGACCGAAACAGACUCAUCAAGGACUGCAAAAUCCGCACCAUAAUCGACCUUCGCACCAAGACCGAACACAUCCAACAAUCACAAAAGCGCAAUGCACGCAUCGCAAGCUCUGCAGCCGCACCGGAGUCCAACGAUUCUGCAGCGGAACCUCUCAAAAUCCCCAAAAUCACCUAUCACGAGAUCAACUUCAAUGGCCGCGACUUUUCGUGGAUGCUCCUCUCCCAGCUGACCUGGUUCGACUUCUUUCGCUUGAUCUUCCUCAUGCUCCUGGGCUAUCGCACGGAUGCGAUUAAAAUUCUUGCACCAAAGAUGAAUGAGAUGGGCCUUGUUGGCAUUGCGAAGAGCUCUGUUGAUGUCUGUAAGAAAGAGGUCAAGCAAGUCUUCGAUAUCCUUGCCAACCAGCAGAGUUAUCCGCUCCUGUUGCAUUGCACACAAGGCAAGGACAGGACGGGCUUGAUCGUCAUGCUCGUCCUUUUCCUCCUGGAGUUGGAUGACGGCAUAGACAUCAUCUCGAAAGAUUACCUCGAGUCGGAAGAAGGUCUCAAUUCAGAAAGAGAUGAGAUGUUGAUUGAGCUGAAUCGAGUCGGCAUAUCGCCUACAUUCACGAGAUGUCCACCCAAUAUGGUCUCGGAGAUCUAUGCACAUUUGGAAGAGAACUAUGGAGGGACGGAGGAGUACUUGCAGGCAGCAGGCGUAUCGUACCAGCAAAUCAAGAAGAUACGUAGUAUUCUUCACCGCUAG